AUGGCUUCGCUAAUUGACCUACGCAAUGGACACCAGAUCACUCUCCAUGAAGAGGAGCCUUUUAUACUUGGGCGAGGGAAUCCGAAACACCUUGAAAUACUCAAUCCCCAUGUCAGCAGGAAGCAAGUGCAAAUAAGUUUACUUGACGAUGGCCGAUGUUUUAUCGAGAGGCUCGCUCCCAACCCGUCCUUGUUGAAUGGAAAGCAACUUCCUCUACGAAAAGAGAUCCAGGUCUUUAAUGGAGAUACCAUCAACCUUAUACCAAACGAUCUGGGGUUCAAGGUGAUAACAUCAGACAUACGAGAGGGGGUUCCUCCUGUUAUCGGUCCUCAUGAACCUGAUACCCAAGAUUCAUACGCAACACAAGAAGGCCAUGGAAGGAUAGAAGAUGAAGGACAAUCAUCAUCCGAUGAAUCUAGUCUACUGGGUAAUGCUAGUUGGAGUGAUGAAUAA